UUUUUUAACUUGAUCAAACGGAAGCUUCGAUAAGUGCUUCAGAUAUAACUACUCGACACGCGCUCCGGAGCUUCGGGACUUAACAGUAGGUUGACGUUGUCCAGUAAAGAGUCGUAUUUUCGUCUUACAGCAAAAGACUACGAGUGUGAUGGACAGUGAAGUGUCUGAUGUUGACCCUGUACCAGGGCCCGAGACUGGUUCUAUGGAGGGAGAGAAUGCACCGCUGUAUUGUAUCUGCCGUAAACCAGACAUCAACUGCUUCAUGAUUGGCUGCGACAACUGCAAUGAAUGGUUCCAUGGCCACUGCAUUAACAUUACUGAGAAGAUGGCGAAGGCGAUCAGAGAAUGGUACUGCAUGAGCUGCAGAGAUGAAAAUCCCUUAUUGGAAAUCAGGUAUAGAUCAAAGAAAAACCAUGAGAGAGAUGUUGACUCUGACAGAGGUGAAAGGCAGUAUAGCACCCCAAGUACUCCCGACUAUAGGAGUGACAGACGGCGUGGAUCAAAGGCAAAGCGUUCAGUACGUAUGUGUGGGGAAUGUGAACCCUGCAGAAGGACAGAGGACUGUGCACAGUGUGACUUCUGCAAAGACAUGAAGAAAUUUGGUGGCCCCAACAAAAUUAGGCAAAAGUGCAGAUUUAGGCAAUGUGAGGUGCGAGCCAGGAAAAUGCUGCGUGUGAAGGAUGAGGAGUUCUCUUUGCGAGAAAGGAGGGACAAUUAUUACCACAGGCAGAGACGUUACUCAGAGGACUAUGACAGUGAGGCAGAGCUCUACCAGCAGUACAAGGAUGCAGGAUUUGAUGACAGCUUGGCAUGGGCUAGUGAUGAGGACGAUGAGAUUCCUUACAGUCCUGUCAUACGUAAAAAAGCAGUGAAAGUGAAGCACGUUAAGAGACGAGAAAAGAAGUUUGAAAAGAAAAAGGAGUCACGGCGCCACAAACAGAAGCAGAAACAUAAAGACAGAAGCAGACAUGGCGAGAAGGGGGAUACCCGGGGUAACGGAGGGGUGCACCAGUGUCUGGGGCCAAACUGUCUGGAGGCAGCAAGAACAAACUCGAAAUACUGUUCUGAGGACUGUGGCAUGAAGUUAGCUGCCAACCGAAUCUAUGAGAUUCUCCCUCAGCGAAUCCAGCAGUGGCAGCAGAGUCCCUGCAUUGCUGAGGAGCACGGGAAGAAGCAGCUGGAGCGCAUCCGCCGGGAACAGCAGAAUGCCCGGCUACGUCUCACUGAUAUGGAAAGGCGCUUCCAUGAGCUAGAGGGCAUCAUCGCCAAAGCCAAGCAGCAGGCUGUUCAGCAGGAUGAAGAGGUGAUUGAAGGUGACAACGAGGACACAGACCUGCAGAUCUUCUGUGUGUCUUGCAGUCAUCCCAUCAAUCCAAAGGUGGCACUGAGACAUAUGGAGCGAUGUUAUGCAAAGUAUGAAAGUCAGACCUCUUUUGGUUCCAUGUAUCCUACAAGAAUUGAAGGAGCAACCAGACUCUUCUGUGACGUGUACAAUCCCCAAAGCAAAACAUAUUGCAAGAGACUUCAGGUUUUGUGUCCAGAACAUUCAAGAGAUCCCAAGGUUCCAGUGGACGAGGUGUGUGGAUGUCCUCUGGUGAAGAAUGUGUUUGAACUGACAGGGGAAUACUGCAGGGUCUCCAAAAGGAAGUGUAACAAACAUUACAACUGGGAAAAGCUGAGGCGAGCCGAGGUGGACUUGGAGCGAGUCAGGGUGUGGUACAAGUUGGAUGAGCUGUUUGAACAGGAGCGCAAUGUCAGGACUGCUAUGACCAACAGGGCAGGUCUGCUCGCUCUGAUGCUGCACCAAACCAUUCAGCAUGACCCCUUGACAACUGAUCUCCGUAGCAACAAGGAUCGUUAGUCAGCCUAAUCUGCAUUAGUUUUGUGGACACUGUUAUGACUGUAUAUAAUAUGAGAGAUCUAAAUGGUAAUCUGGGUAGAGACUAAUCUUAAACUGCAUUCACAUGUUGGAGUGUAAAUUUCACUGCUAGAUGUAAAUGGCUGCUGGAGCCGCAUGCUCUGAUGGCACACACUGUCCAAAGCUGUCAUUUCUGGAUGUUGAUUGAUAUCCAACAACAGUCAACGCUGCACAGUGAUGGAUGAAUUCGUUCAGUGUAGACACAUUGAAAGAAUUGCCAGAGCAGUCAGGCUUGUAAUGAACACUGUGCUAAAGGCUAAAAUGUCAUUGUAUCUUUUCAUGAAAUACAUUAUUGCUCAUCCAAAUAAUUUUGCAACAUGUCCACAUCUCCCAUUCUGUAUUUUAACAUUUCCCAUAAUCCCCCUGCACUUCCAAGAAUCCACCGUGGCACCAGCAGAGGUCCGGCGUCUCAAAGUGUAUGUCAACAAUGGCAAAGUAAGGAUGUGAAUGGCGCCAAUUCAGCAAGUUCACGAACAAUUAUGAUGACACAUUCUCUCAAGUUGAGAGGAUUAUCUAGAAGAGGUGUAGCACCUGUGAUGAACUUCUGUUGUGCCCCGAUGUUGUCUAUACUUCAGGUGGUGGGUUUACAUUGUACCCUGAACUGGAACUCUGCUGAAACCGACCUCUCGUGUGAGUCAGGGACUGAGACGCCGCAAGAUUCACAACUGUGAAACACAGAAUAGUAACUAAUGCCAGUUCUCACUUUCACAGAUAUGCAUCCCCAUUGGUCACAGUCUAAUACCAGCCACUUUGUCCAUACCUCGGAAACAAACCCUUAGAGGGUCUGGGAGGGUGUCUGUAAUGAACUGGGAUGUUUCAUCAUUGUGCUGUGGUCUUGUUUUAUUUUAACUUGUGGUGGGAAUUUCAGCAUAUUUAAAAAUGCAUUUGUUUAACAUAUAACCCCUUGCAUUUCUGUGGCAUUUAUAACAUGUACUGUACGUACCGUGACAUCACCAGCAGGAGUUCUGGCAGCGCUACAGUUAUUCUCGGAGUGUAGUACGGUUGUUUUUGCACACAUCACAUGGCACAAUCUGACACAUUGUCAUCAGACUCACACGUCAGUUUGUCACGUUACAGACUGUGAAAGUGAUAACUGGGCUUUAUGCAUCCUCAGCCACUGCAGGUGUCAGUGAUUCUGCUGUAGUGACGAAGGGCUGUUUGCCGAUCAGUAUGUAAAUGCAACACAAGAUUAUAACAAGGUAUUCCUGUUAAGUCUUUUACAACUCUAAUAAUUAGCUUCCUUGGUGAUAAAUUUAAAUGUUUUGUGGUAAACUGAUUGUUGAAAACUGCUGUUAAACAUGAUUGCCCAAAAUAAACAAUUUGUUGCAGGUAA